UUGUUUUUGUCAUAAACAAAGAACACCAGCCGUAGCAGGCAUUUUCUGUGAGAAUAUCUCUGCAAUUUCAUCGAGUUUAUCUAGUCUAUUUUCACUUGUUGAAAAUUGAUAACUCCAUGGCAGAGAAACCCACACAAGCAAUUUUCAGUUUGAGUUGGAUUAUGGGAUUUCCUCCAUUACUUUUCAGAUAUUAUUUUGUUAUUCUGAUAAUUCUUUCUUCAUUAUUCUGCCAUGCUGUAGCUCAACUUGAACUAGAAAAAGAUGCCCUUCUUGCACUUCAGGCCAAUUUCAAUGGCCCUUUUCUGAAUGUUAACUGGAGUGGCCCUCAAUGCCCUCUUGAGUUUCCCACUAACUGGUAUGGAAUUAGAUGUAUCAGUGGUCGUGUCAGUGGAAUUUUGUUGGAAGAUUUGGGCCUGACAGGUGUGGUCAGUAGUGAUGCAUUUACUGUCUUCACUGAGCUUACUAUCCUGAGCUUCAGGAAUAAUUCAAUUUCAGGAGAAGUAAUGAAUUUCUCUUCCAAUCAGAAGAUGAGGGAAAUAAAUUUGUCAGGAAACAAAUUCCAAGGCCAAAUUUCGCAAUCACUGUUGAGUCUUAAUUCUCUGGAGUCAUUGCAGCUUCAGGAGAAUAACUUCACAGGUUCUAUUCCAGAAUUUAACCAGCCUAGUUUGAAAGUUUUUAAUGUUUCUAAUAACCAUCUCUAUGGUGAGAUCCCAAAAACUCACACUCUCCAACAAUUUGGUUCUGAUUCCUAUUCUAAUAAUCCUGAAUUGCGCGGCGUACCAAUAUCCACUGUCCGCAAGUUAAGUGAUACAGCAGAUACCAAUACAACUUCCUCUCAACCUCAGAAAAGCUCUUCCAAGACUAAUACUUUGGGAACUAUAUUCUUGCUUUUUGAUGUUGUCGGUCUAAUCGCGGUGAUUUUGCUCUUCAUUCUUUACUUCAAGAAGUCUAGAAAGCUCAAGAAAAUGUUGAAGAAAAAUGACGCAGAAAAAGGAAAGGAGGUGAGUUCUGUUGUUGAAGAUGAUGAUGAUGAUGAAUAUGACUUGGAGGAGGUACAGGAGGAGCAGAAUAAAAAUAUAAACAGAAUAGAGGUGCAGAGAAAGGAAGUUGCUGUAGUAGAAGAGAAAGGAGGUCUGAUAUUCAUGGAACAACAAGCAACUUUUGAACUUGAUGAUCUUCUGAAGGCUUCUGCAGAGGGUUUAGGGAAGGGGAUUUUUGGAAAUAGUUACAAGGCCAUGAUCGAGGGCAGGCCAGCUAUUGUUGUAAAACGUUUAAGGGAUUUGAAGCCAUUAAGUUUUGAAGAAUUCAUUAAGCAGUUGAAUAUAAUUUCUGAGCUGAAACACCCCAAUUUGCUGCCCCUUGUUGCUCACUACUAUUCUAAGGAGGAGAAGCUGCUUCUGUACAAAUUUGCAGAAAAAGGAAACCUCUUUAACCGCAUUCAUGGAGGAAGAGGCAACAAGGACAGGAUCCCAUUUCGAUGGAGUGCAAGACUAUCUGUUGCACGGGGAGUGGCAAGAGCCCUGGAAUAUCUUCAUCUCAAUAGGAAAUCACAAAGCAUUGUCCCACAUGGCAACCUGAAAUCAACCAAUGUUCUUCUUGACGAUAACGAUAUGGUUCUUGUUUCAGACUAUGGCCUCACUUCACUACUAGCAGUUCCCGUUGCUGCUAACCGUUUGGUUUCUUACAAAUCGCCGGAAUACCAGGCUUCGAAAAAGCUUUGUAAGAAGUCUGAUGUUUGGAGUUAUGGCUGUCUUAUAUUAGAACUCCUGACAGGAAGAGUACAGGCUCACUCAGCUCCACCAGGAACCAAUGGAGUCGAUCUUUCCAGCUGGGUUCAUCGAGCUGUGAGGGAAGAGUGGACAGCUGAGAUAUUUGAUAUUGAGAUAUCUGUGCAAAGAAGUUCAACUCCUGGAAUGCUGAAACUACUGCAAAUCGCUAUGGGUUGCUGCGAUAAGUCCCCAGAGAAGCGUCCUGAAAUGACAGAAGUUGUAAGGGAGGUUAAAAGUAUAAAGCUUGUUGAAUCAGAAGAUGAAGAAGACUUGUCAAUGGAUCACUCUUUAACAGAUGAAUCUCUGUCUACAAGUGCCUCAGGGAUAAUGGGUGAUGAAAGAUGAGAUAAUUGGAUUCUGAAACAUUGCACAAUAACCAUAUUUGUUCUUUUCAUUGUGAAAAAUUAAUAAAAGAUGUAAUGUAGGUGAAUUGGUGAUGGAGAGCUCUUAGCCAACUUGAACUUUGGAAUAGGCUGGAUGAGACAUUUCUUUCCAUAAGUUGU